CGUGUCAGAAAAUGGCAUUAAAACAUGUCUUAGAGGAAUUCAUAAAAAGUCUUUAUUCUUGACAAUGUUUGUGGCCAAUUACUUUGCCCACGACGAAAACAUCAUUCCAGAUAUGUCACCAAAUCGAUUUACAAAAUUUGGUAAAUGAUAUUAACCUAAACACCGAAAUGGUGCGAAUCGCGGUACCCGAGAAGACUGCGAAUGUAAAUGGUGAAUUUUGGUCAUCGAGGGAAAGAAAGUAUUGGACUAUAGCAUUGUUUUUUGGUCUAAUGUUGCUAUUUAUGUCGAGGACGGUUGGCCCGGUAACUAUGGUGGCGCUGGCUAAAGAAUUUCAAUGGAAUAAAGAAGUUCAGGGUUCUGUACUUUCUACAUUUUUCUGGGGUGCAGCAAUGAGUCAUUUUCCCAGUGGCUGGUUAAGUGACAUUUAUGGUGGAGAUAAUGUUCUAUUCUGGACUUGCACAUCCUGGAUAACCGUAACAUUUGUUACGCCAUUCGUGCUUCGCUCGCCAUAUCUAUUGGUGUCAUCGUCAACAAUGUAUUUAUUUUUGAGGUUUUUCAUGGGAUUCUUCCAGGGGGCAUUCUCUGGUUCAAUGGCAAGUUUAUUAGGGAAAAAACUUGAGACAUCCCAUAAGUCAUCCACAAAUGGGAUUAUCAAUUCUGGUGCUUGUAUUGGUUCUGUAGUUAUUGGUGUUGCUGGUUCACUGUUAUUGGACAAUGUUGAUUGGGGCAGUGCUUUCUACUGUGUUGGUAUUGCUGGAAUAACAUGGUUAAUCAUCUGGAGGUUCACAUUGUUCAAUAGAGGUGACUUGAAACAACCAAAUGAUGAGCAGGGGCAGCAGUCAAGUGGUAGUAAAUUCCUGUCAGUUCCAUGGCUGUCAUUUUUAUCACACUGUCCAUUAUGGGCAAUGAUUUUUGCAGAUAUAUCGAUUUCAAUCUGUUUUCAUGGUUUAUCAACAUGGCUUCCUAGUUAUUUUCAUGAUACAUUUCCACAGAGCAAAGGUUGGAUAUUUAAUGUAAUUCCUUGGCUUAUUAAUUCACCUUGUGCGUUUAUUUCUGGUAUUUGGGCUGAUUAUUUGCUUCACAAAGGUUAUUCUCUUACAUGCGUUAGAAAAUUCUUCAAUAUACUGGCUCAACUUGGUGCAGCUUUUUCCUUGAUAUUACUCAGUCAUUGCGAAUCAUUUCCACUUGCCUUGAUGUUUAUGACCCUCGCAAUAGGCAUGACUGGGUUUCACAAUGCUGGUGGUAUGGUCUUGCCUCAGGAUAUGGCUCCGGAAUACGCGGGUUCCGUGGCCGGAUUCUCAAAUACCGUAUCGACCUUUUCUGUAUUCGGUGCUAUAUACUUUUCUGGUCACGUCCUAACUGCCUCUCAGAGCUGGCCUCUAUAUUUCAAUGUAGUAGCUGGAGUAUGCAUCCUGGGCUGCGCUAUCUUUACGAUAUUCGCCUCCGCUAAAAGGAUUCAAUGACCGAUGAUAAUGUGAAGCUCAAAUAUCUGCAUGUAAGUUUAUCCUCGUUGAGUAGAAACAUGCAUGAUAAUGGGCUAUUCGGUUUUAAUCGGUACCGGAAGAGUGUCUGUGUAUUUUAACCUGGGGAAAUGCUGCCUCACCUGCGCUAUAUUCUACCGCAGUUCGAGAGGUUUUUAUGCAUUUGAAAUGAUUGGCGGAAAAGGCGGAAAAAUGUCGAGUCAAUCAUCAAAUAUUUAGACUCUUGUUUUAGAAAUUAGAAUUCCUCGAUAAUAAUAAUUGUUUCGUUUAAAACGGGAAUCUACAGAAUGAGUUUCCAGGAUUAAAUUACCUUUUUUCUUGGUUGCUUUUCUGUUCAAGACUUUAGAAAAUAAAAUCUCUAUAUGUAAAGAUUUCUGAGAAAGAGAGAAGAUUUCUAGGCUUAAAAUUUUCAAUUUUAUAUUUUAUAACAGUAGAUAGAUAAUUUAUCUUAAUUAUUUCAGGUCAGGUUUUUGUGUCAGUAACAAAACCUUAUGUAUGCAUUUACAGUAUACGUAUAUAGUCAUAGCUAUUGAUAUACAAUUAUCAUAAGAGUGUUAAAUAUAUGAUUAAGCAUUUACCAUGCAUCUGGUAACUUGUUACAUAACCAUAAAUCAAGAACAGCAAAGGAAAGUCGCUAUAAAAUGUCCUCCGUAAAUUAAGUUGUUAAAAAAUAAGGAAAGAAUGUUCAGUGAAAGAAUUUGCAUGAAGUAAUCUAAAAUUCUAAAUUUCCGUCGAACCUUGACGAUUUAGUGAUGUUGGUUAUAUAUUUGACACCAAAGAAGUGCAUGUAUAUUUUUAAUCUAUUAUUUUGUUCUUUACUAUUCACUUACAUGUAGUUGUUCCAGAAUCCCUUUCAAGCUGAUAAUUUCAGCAAAUAUAAAACAAAGGUUAUUCCGAAAACACUCAUUGUUGAAAAUAAGAUAUCUUCCAAAAUUUAUGAUUUACACAA